UGUUUAUAAUAAUAAUAAUAAUAAUAAUAAUAAUAAUAAUAACAAUAUUAUAAUGAAUAGAAAAGUACAUAUUUUCAAGAGUUGAGUUAUGUUAUCAAACGAACUUAAUUAUUAUCAGAAGAAGAAGAAGAAGGUGUAAUUGUUUUUUCUAUGGAAUAAGUGGUAAAAGGAUUGGGGAUCGAUUUUGAUUAAAAGCAAAAAAAAAAAAAAAUAUUUAAAAAAAAAUUAAAAAAAAAAAAAUAAAAAAAAAACAAAGGACCAAAUUGUUUUGUUGGUUUUUGGUUGUUCGAUGUACGAAUUUCUUGCAAGAAGGAUGAAAACACGAGUGGUUUGCAACAGGCUGCAUAUAAGGUGAUGCAUCGAGAAAUUUGCUCUUUGUAGCAGAGGAGGAAGAAGGAGUAGGGCACAAACGAUCAGAUUAUUCGUUUAAAAAAUUCUUCUAUUUUCUUCAUUAUUAUUAUUAUCAAAAGACGAUUAAAACAAAAUAAGAAGAAAAAGAAGAAGAAGAAGAAAAAGAAGAAGAAUUCAUUGAUUUUCUUACAAUACUUCAAGCAGUCACAACACCACUUUGGUUGCUAUUUCCAGAGUUACGUGUAAUCUAAUUGAUACACACACACCAAUCAUCGUACAUCGUACAACUGUCGUCAGUGAAACGAGAAAGAAAUCAUUGAUAUUCGGCAUGACUAUAUUAUAUCGAGUAUAACGAGAAAGACAAACCAAUAAUAUCAACGAAAUAAUGUGGACGAAUAAUUUAAUUACAGUAGCGGCAAUUGUACUCGCGGUUGCCAACGUCUCUCAUGCGGAGUGCCAGACACGCUCGGUUUAUUGCUACGAAUGCGAUUCUUGGACAGAUCUACGAUGCAAGGAUCCAUUUAAUUAUACAGCAUUACCGAGAGAUCAGCCACCAUUGAUGACCUGCAAUGGGUGUUGCGUUAAAAUGGUUCGCAAUGCCAAAUCACCAUACGAAAGCGUUAGAAGGACCUGUACAUCACAACUACAGAUAAACUUAUUCAUGGUGGACCACGUGUGCAUGAUGGAAAGUACCGGCACUGGUCACAUGUGUUUCUGUGAGGAGGAUAUGUGCAAUCGUGUAUCCCCGACCUCGUGUUCGAAUCCCAACCUAAUCCUUUUACUCCUAACAACAAUAGUUUUUCUAAGCUCGAACAUUUUAGGAACCCAAGCUUGCUUAGUAGAUCUUUGCAAUGGUCACGUCGUAUAACACCGAUUUCUUCUUCGAUCCACUUAUUAUUAUUAUUAUUCUUAUUAUUCUUAUUAUUAUUAGAGAUCACUAAAUAGGUUCAACAAACCCCCUACCCUUAAUCCAACCUUGACUAAAUCACUCCUUUAACUGAACCCUUCAAUUUUUCGUAUUUCUUCUUAUUCCAUCUUCUUCUUCUUCUUCUUAUCUUUAAAAUCCCUUUUUUUUUUUAAAUAUUAUUAUUAUUAUUCCAUUUCCCUUUGUGAACGGGUGGAACUUAAAAAAAAGAAGAAAGAAAGAAAGAUAACAAAAACAAUAAAAAAAGAUAGAUAACAAAAAUAAACCAAAAAAAAAAAGAGAUAAUAAGUAAAACGUAAAAGUUUUUGCAUAAAUUGCAAAAUAUUGCAAACACAAAAAAAAAAAAAUAAGAAUUUUGCAUACAAAUUUUUCCUUCUGUCUCACUCUCUUUCUCUCUCUCUCUCUCUCUCUCUCUUUCUAUUUCUAAUAACUUUUUCUCUAUUCGAAUACUUGAAAUUUAGAAUAGAAUGAGAGUUCUCUUAGAUUUUAUUUUUUUUCUUCUAAUUUCUUUCUUUCUAUUUUUGAUUCAUCAAACGUCUUCUGUAUACCCAGCAACAUUUUUCAUAUAGGUUUUUUUAUUUUCUUUGAUACUUACAGCGAAUGAUAAGAUUGAUAAGAGAAAUAUGCUGAUAGGUGGCUAAAGUAGUAUAGUUUGUUAUAGUUUAGUAAAUGCUUCGUUACAACAUUGGAAGAUCUGAAUGAUUAAAAUGUCGCAUUAACUUUUGUACAUUUUACUUACUUAUUUUUUUAUUUAUUUUUUGUAUUUACCUUUAACGAAUUGGUUUUUUUUUUUUUUUUGAAUCAAUGGGAAACGAUUAAAUUUAAACUUAAUGUAUCAAUCUUAUAAGAUGAGAUGUUAUUAACACGUUGAGCGUCAUGCAAAUUCUUACAAAAUUCAUCGUCAGGCCACGCAAAUUCUUACAGAAAUCAUCGUCAGGCCAUGCAUCACAAAACGAGCCGUGAACGAGUUGAGUGUCAGGCACCGGCGUCUGACAUGGCAUGAACGUGAAGUUCAUCGUCAUUCACCGGUGUCUGACACGGUCUUAAUGUGAAGUUCAUCGUCAGGCAUCGGUGUCUGACACGGUCUGAACGCGAAGUUCAUCAUCAGUCACCGAUGACUGACACGGUCUUAAUGUGAAGUUCAUCGUCAGGCAUCGGUGUCUGACACGGUCUGAAUGUGAAGUUCAUCGUCAGGCAUCGGUGUCUGACACGGUCUGAAUGUGAAGUUCAUCGUCAGGCAUCGGUGUCUGACACGGUCUUAAUGUGAAGUUCACAGCAUGAACGUGAAGUUCAUCGUCAGUCACCGGUAUCUGACACGGUCUGAAUGUGAAGUUCAUCGUCAGGCAUCGGUGUCUGACACGGUCUUAAUGUGAAGUUCAUCGUCAGUCAUCGGUGUCUGACACGGUCUUAAUGUGAAGUUCAUCGUCAGUCAUCGGUGUCUGACACGGUCUUAAUGUGAAGUUCAUCGUCAGUCACCGGUGUCUGACUCGGUCUGAAUGUGAAGUUAGUUCAUCGUUAGUCAUUCAUGACUGACGUGGCCACCACUCAACGUGUUAAUGUAACAAUUAAAUAUCAUACAUUGUAAUUGUUUUACAAUGAAACGUAAAAAAAAAAAAAAGAAAAAGAAAAAGAAAAGAAAAAAAGAAGUAUUGCAAAUAUGAUUAAAAAGUUAAUGCGAAAUAGUUGGAUUUGCGUGAUUAGAAAAUAAUUAGAAAAGUGAUUAGAAAUCUUGGUCACGAAUCUUCUUUUAUAUAUUUUUUUCUUUUAUUAUAAUUUAAAUUUAGAUGAAUCUAUCGUUAAAUUGCACCCACACUUGUUUCUUCUUUUUUUUUUUUUUUUUUUUUUUUUUUUUGAUUGAAAAUAAUUUUGACAAGAAAACUCACUUCUAUUCUUUCACCUUAUGCACCUAGUAUUAGUGCACUUUUGACACUAGACUUUUACAAAAUUGUCUUUUUCUUCGAAAAUUUUAGUGAAUUUGAAUUUUCACCCCUUUCCCUUUUUCACACACCUACCCACCCCCCUUUACUCAGCCCACGAUCACAACACGCGUACCCAUUUUCAAUAUUUAUAUUUGUAUUUUACAUCUUAAGCUUAUUAAGUGCUUCAUGCUCUUAAAAAA